AUGGAUUGUUGUCGUGUUAUGAUAUCAGAGUUGGAAUAGCUGAUAGUCGAUUGUUGCAAGUCUCAACUCUUAAUUUAGUAACUGUUACAAGCUGAGUGCCGACCCUUAAGUGUUUUUACAGUGACAUUCAACUAUGUCCUUAGACCCGUUUAGGUUUAUAUUUAACGGUUGUUUAACUUAAUUUUUUUAGAUUUUUUGUUAUGCCGGCUCAAGCGCUCAAUCAUCGUAUCAAUAAUAAAACCGUAUUACAAAUAAUGAAUGCCGAACCGUCCGCUCCCAAUAAUCCUAAUAAUAAUUCCCAACAACAUCUUAUGAACGAUGAAGUGGUUAACGGUAGAAGCAUUACUGGAAAGCAAAAAAUUACAGUCAUCAUACUAUGUUUUGUCAAUCUCAUCAACUACAUGGAUAGGUAUACGAUUGCAGGUAUACUGGAUGACAUCCAAAAGAGUUUUUCAAUUGGUGAUGAUAAAGGUGGAUUAUUACAAACAGUAUUUGUUAUUAGUUAUAUGAUAUUUGCCCCAGUAUUUGGCUACAUGGGUGAUAGAUACAAUAGAAGACUGAUUAUGGCGUUUGGUGUAUUUCUUUGGUCAUUAACAACUUUAAUAGGUUCUUUUAUGAACGAUUAUUAUUUUUUUUUAUUUUUCCGAAGUUUAGUGGGUAUUGGAGAAGCUAGUUAUUCAACAAUUGCUCCAACUAUUAUUAGUGAUAUGUUUGUAAAAGACUUAAGAUCUAAAAUGUUGGCCUUGUUUUAUUUUGCUAUCCCAGUAGGAAGUGGCUUGGGCUAUAUUAUUGGUUCAGAAACUGCAAAAAUGUUAGGUAGUUGGCAUUGGGGGUUGCGAGUUACACCCAUUCUUGGAUUACUUGCUGUCAUAUUAAUUUUAUUUAGUAUGGAAGAGCCAGAGCGAGGGCAAAGUGAAGGUUAUACUCAUGUAUCUACAACAUCAUGGUUUGAAGAUAUUAAAUUACUUACUAAAAACAAAAGUUUUAUGCUAUCAACUGCUGGAUUUACCUGUGUUGCCUUUGUAACUGGUUCUUUAGCCUGGUGGGGUCCAAAAAUUAUGUACUACGGACUAAAAUUACAACCAGGUUAUGAAAACGUAACAUUAGACAGUGUAUCAUUUAAGUUUGGACUUAUAGCUAUGGUAGCUGGUUUAAUUGGUGUACCUUUAGGUUCAUAUAUUUCACAACGAUUCAAAAUUUCUUAUCCAAAAGCAGAUCCAUUAAUUUGUGCUGGUGGUUUACUUUUAUCAGCGCCUCUAUUAUUUUUGGGCUUAGCAUUAGCAGAUAAAUACUAUGUUGUUGUUUUAGUGUUGAUAUUUUUUGGUCAAGUAUCAAUUAAUCUAAAUUGGUCGAUAGUAGCUGAUAUAUUACUGUAUGUUGUAAGUCCCAUUAGACGGUCUACUGCUGAAGCUUUUCAAAUAUUGAUAUCACACGCUUUUGGUGAUGCAGGAAGUCCAUAUCUUAUUGGAGUGAUUUCAGAAAUGCUGAAAAAGUUGUUUACAAAAGGUGCUAUACCAGUUCUGCUUACUUCAAUAACUUUAGUGAAUAUUGAUUUAAAAGAUGACAAGAACAAUGACAAAAUUAGUUUCCACAGUUUACAGUAUGCUUUGUUCAUAACAAGUUUUAUUGAAAUAUUAGGAGGUCUAUUUUUCUUUUUUACGGCAUACUAUGUAAUAGAAGAUAAAGAGCAAGCCGAAUCUGAAACUCCAGCAGAAAACCAUCAGAAUAAUACUAUUGUACAGUCUAUUUACAAUAGUGCAGAUGAAUCAAGUUUACAUGGCCAUUACAAUCCACAUUUUGUUGCUUAAUUUGAAGAAGUGACACCUGUAUUCUUCUAGAAAUCUUGCCAUAUAUAUUUAACGAAUAUAUAAAUUUAUUUUUGUUCAGUAUUUAUAAAUCAUAAUAAUUACUAUAAACUAGGCUAAUAUUAGUGUAUUAUUUAUUUAAACAAUGUAUUUUCAGUUUGUUUAUCUGUGAUAUUUAUAUUUUUUUUAUUGGUUUUAUGUAGACUAUUAAUUAUUAAAAAGGUGAAAAAUUAUGUUUAUAAAUAGAAAAAACAAAACCAACACAUAAGUAUUAAUAUUUUUAUUUUAUUUAUUUUUGUAUUUUUUUAUUGUAAAUACUACUUAUAAAAUAAUAUUUUUACUUUAUUACUGUACGUAUAAUAAGUAAAGUAAUUAAAUGUUGUUCAAAACUUUUUGUGAGUAAUCGGUUUGCUCCAUUUAAAGUUUUUUAGAUAAAUGAUUAUACUUCAUAUAAGGCACUCAGAAGCUCAGCCGAUUAACUCUCAUUUUUUUCAAUCACUUUCCUUUAGAUUCAAAAAGUGAACACAAUUUUAAUCCAAUAAUGCUAUAAUUAAAAAUCAGAAUUAUAGCUUCUAAGCACCUAUAUAUUAUAAAUUAAAAUAUAAAUAUUAAGUGUAAACAUUUUUUCUAUAAUAGCCAUUUGAUUUUUUUACUUUUAUAUAACGAGUAUAUUAUAUUACAUGAUAUUAAAAUGUGAAAAUCAAAUUUGUAGAAGAAAUUUUCUUAAAAACGUCAUAAAUGUAAGAGGUUUUAACAUUUUCUUAAAUUAAGUUAAUUCAUGUUCACUAUAAUUUCACCAUUACUUAAAACACAUCAUAAUCAUUAAUUAAAUAUCAUUAACAUGGACCAAUGAAAAAUUUUAAUGAAACGUGUAACUUUAUAUGUACACAUAAAAAGAAAUAAAUAAUUAUAAAUGUUUUAAUAUUAUAUUACAUCAUUGUGUUGUAUGACAUAUAGGAUGAUUAUUUAUUUUAUCAUCGACCACUUAAUUAAUUCAAAAAUAAAAAUGUUAACAAAUUUUUUAAUGCUAUUAGUUACAUAUUUUUCUUAAUUUAUGAGUCGUGAAGUAUUUUUUUUAGUUUUUCCCUUUUACUUUAUAAGUGUGUUAACUUAAAUUUUUUAAAUGAGAAAACUUACAAUUGAUUAGCUUUUAUUAGAUUAGAAUUUAUUGGAUAAUGAUCAAAUUAAGAAAAUGACUGGCCAAUAACAUCUUUUGGACUAGAAUUUUAGAAGUUAUUGACCAUUUAAAGUAAUUUCCUGUUGUCUGGGUACAAAAAUGUUGAGGAACGGUGUGGCCAAGUCGGUAACGCAGCAGUCCAUGACACACAUUGCUAUGGGUUCAAAACUUGGUCACGGACAAUUUCAUUUUGUCUCCCUAAAGUAGUGGUUCCCAACCUUUUAUGAGUAUGACCCUAAUAUUUUAAAUUUAACUUUUGGCGACCCCAAAACAAAAAAAAUCAUAAUUGCAGACAAUACUUUCAUUUAUUAACACAAAAUCGGUUAAUAUAUAGGUACAUUAAUCUAUCCUCAAAUACUAAAUAAAAUAAAUUUAAAAAAUACUAAUAAAAAACUGAACAAAAUACGUGAUUUACGUCAUAAAAUAUUAUAAAAAGCAAUUUAUUAUUUGUUUCAAAUUUGACAUGGUAUAAUUGUAUUAACUCUUACUUAAUGACUUCCUUGAUGCUGAACAUAUUCCACGAGUUCUUCAAUAUUUGGAUGUAUAUUCAUUGAAAGUGCACAUCGCAUAUCGUGUUGAGCAUCAAGGCGAUUUCUAUACUUUGUUUUGAUGACAACUAACGUAGAAAACCCGGCUUCACAUAAGUAUGUGGUUGGGAAUGGUAGUAAUGCAUUUUCGAAUUCUCUUGAUACAAUCGGUUUAUCUUUUAGUUGUGCCCAAAAUUGCGUCAAACACAUUCUUGAAAAAUUGUCUUUUAAGACUUGACUGGCUUGAAGGUCAAGAAGUUCUUCUUGAAACCCACAAAUGUCUUCACCAACUUCGUGAACAGAAACUUCAAAAGGAUUUCUUACCCAAUUGUAUUUACUGAGCUCUACGUUUUCUGGUAUAUAUCGAUUGAGUUCCAACUGUAAUUUGUUCAAGUACUUUUGAAGCAGUAAUUUUAAGUCAUUUAAUGUAACUUUUGUUGAAUCUUCAAGAAAUUCACUUAAAAGGGCAAAUGUGGCAAUUUUUCCUUGAGAUAGUUUUUCCUGCCAAAGUCCGAGCUUUUGUUUGAAUUAUGAGAUUUUUUCACCAACGUCGAUCAUUGUCCUAUUCUUUCCUUGCAUUUCAAUAUUCAAUUCAUUUAACCGUCCAAAAAUAUCACUAAAAAAGCCAAUUUAGCAACCCAUGAAUCGUCAUUGAAUUUAUCAGCCAAUGAUUGUUUUUUUUCCGUUAGAAAAAUUUGUAUUCCUAAAAAGACAUAACACGGGUAAGAAUUUUUCCACGGGAAAGCCAACGUACAUCCGAGUGAUAAAGUAAAUUUACAUACUGUGAUCCCAUCUCAUCACACAUGGCAUGGAAUAUUCUUGAAUUUAGUGCUCUAGCUUUUAUAAAAUUGACAAUUUGAAUUACGUCUUGAAGUACUGAAUAAAAUUCUGGCUGAAUUGCUCUAGUUGCUAAAUUUUCACGAUAUAAAAAACAAUGAAUAAUGACAACCUUUGAAUUAAUUCCCUGAACUCGUUUACAAAAUCCUAUUCAAUUCCCAAGCAUUGCACCGUCCGAACAGAUUCCAACGCAAUUACACCAAUCUAGAUUA